AUGGCCACAGCAUCAUAAUGAUAGUAUUAAGAGGUGUAUUGAUUCAGGUAGGACACCACUAAAGGUCUAGGGGUGAAUCUGGUAAAAACACAUAAUAAUGCAAAGGUUAAAAAGGUUAAAAAGCACAAUAGCCUCCCCUGUAGCCACCGCCCUUUAAGGUAAAAUAAAGAAUCGAGCUGGUAAACCGGCAGCGUUAAGACCCAGCGGUACGCGGAUGGUCUGUGUACACGCGCGUGCUGCUGUAGUCCACGCGCUCGUGCUACACAGCUAAAGUCGCGCCUGUCAUCCGAGUGCAAUCCGAGCCAUGGCUGCGAACCGGGUGGGUAGACGGUAUAACAAUAAAGUGCACUCACCGAGCAGAGGGUCUGGCCGGGAGUCAGGACUGACUGUACAGAAGAGACAAGCCCGAGUUACUGUGAAAUAUAACAGAAAGGAGCUGCAGAGGCGCCUGGAUGUGGAGAAGUGGAUAGACGCGGGGCUAGACGAGCUCUAUCUGGGCAGGGAAGAGCACAUGCCAGAGGAGGUGAAUAUUGAUGAGCUUUUGGACCUACAGAGUGAUGAGGAAAGAACCAAAAGGCUCCAGGAUAUUCUCCACUCUUGUAAUACCAACACAGAAGCAUUUAUUAAAGAGAUGGUCCUGAAGCUUCACGGGCUCCAGAAACAGGAAGAUCUCCACAAUGACGGAAUAGAACAUCCUCAGCUGCACAUCUUCCCCAAUCGCCAAAACUCUACCAAUUCUGAGAUACUUUAAGAUGCACUAACAGCGCCCCCUGCUUGUACUGACAGGAAUUUUCCCGUUUAAUCCUACCACUGACCCACCUCUGUUUAGUUUGGUUGUGAUUUUAACCAAGACUGCAAAUGAAAUGCAUGCAGAGAAUUCAGACGGAACAAAUGCAGCACCAUAUAAAACCAACACACACACACACACACACACAGACACACACCUAUUUAUUGUUAUUGACUUUUAAUAUGAACAUUAAAGUCUAGUUGUAUAAACCAAGUUUCACAACUAGAUAAGACUGACAUUUUCUUUAUUUGUGAGUUUUCAGAUGUUUUUACUAAAUGGAGGAGGUUUAAAUGGCUUGUAAAUUGUCUUCACAUGGUCCUUGUAUGAAUUGUGUGACUUUUCUGCUUUUUUUGUGGUAACCGCAUUAAUUUCUAUGCCGUGUUGAAUCUUUGGUUUUGUAGACUUAAACUAUGUAACGUGAGACCUUGGAAUUAUAAGUGUUUAAUUUUUUUAUAUAUAUAUUAGAAAAACACAUACAGAAAACAGAGACAUUUGUGCACAAAUUCCAGAUUGUAGACUAUUUUUUGCCAGCAAAACAGCAAUAAAUUUACAUCACAACAGAAUACUGUUUUUCAGUCAUGACAGUUAAAAAAUAUAAUAAUAGUAAAAUCAUAACAUUAUAGUAAAAACAUAACAUAAAAAAUACGAAUAAAUAAUUGGUCAUAAAAGGGGACUUUUUAGCUUAAAUGUCUAAAGAGACAUCAAUACGUUAUACAAAACUGUCAGCCUUAUCAAAUGUCUUUAAGGAGCCUAUGAGUAAGCAUACAAUUUUUUCGAGAUUUAUACAAGUUAACAUUUUUCACAUUUAUUAUUUAACAUUUAUUCCACAUAUAUUAGAGAGAGGUGGUGAAACCUUUUUAUUUACUGUUUAUAGUUUAUAGACAAUUUAUAUGAACAGAAAGUAGAUUUGGAUAAAAGGAUGUGCUGAAGGCAGCCUUUGUCUCUUAUUUUAUUUCAUAAAUUAGUUAUAAAUAUAUACUUUAUAAUAUUUAUGAUAACAUAUUUAUCAUUUAUAAAUGCAAAAAUGCAAACAAAUGUACAGCAUGUAAGGAGGAUCCACACAAAUAUAUUAGUGAAUUAAUACGUUUAUCAUUUUUAUAAUCUAAACUUUACAUCUCAUUUAAAAUAUAGAUUAGACCCUUUUAAUUCCAAGCUCUUGCACAGCUCUUGUCAUAAAUACUUCACUGUUUCAAGCUCAACAACCCACAGGCACAAACUGUUCAAGUAACUCUGUGCUCACCUGAGCUGUUGAAAUGCUGGUUUGAUCAUGGUCAUUUUACUGUGAAGAACCAAAGAUUUGUUUCAUGUUUUUGUGUAUUUAAAGUAUUCAUGACUACUUUGUUUGUCCUAAUUGUUUUAUUGUUAUUACAAUUUUAUUCUUUUUUGACAUUGGGCAUGAGGUAAAGUUUAAAGUGGGAGGAAACUAAAGAACCCAGAGGAAAAACAUGAAGGAGAGAACAUGUGAUCAUCCACAAAGACAAUAAACUGAAGCUGUGAACCGGCAGUGCUAUCAA